ACGCGCAAUUUUUCAAGUUCAUUGGCCCCGCCUUGUUAUAUCUGGACGGGUCUUUAUUUGCCUCUUCAGAUCUACGGGGUUGUCCUGCUGGAAUUUUAAGCUAUUUUAGCACCAAUAUUUGAGCUAUUCUUGUAUUCUUAGCGUUUUUAUAUUUUUAUCGCAACACACAAAACUGCCAAAGAAAUGGCAGACUGGAAAUCGCAGAUAAGUUACAACUACAACCCCUCUUACCAUGCCUACGCCUACGGUCUCGUGUACCAACCCGGGCCCGAGCAAAACCACGCAAACCUGACCAGCUGGGGCGAAACUGGAGUCACGGACUUGAGCAACUACAAUGCCGGGGUGACACAGGCCUACUACGCCACCACUGCUAGGACCCGGGAAGAGUCCCCGCCUCGCAGUCCGGAGCAGCAUGCCGUGAACGGCCAUUGUCACUACCAGGGCUCCGGAGUUGUCUACCUCGGUGACACCCAGGCAGGCCGUCUGCUCCUGGCCGGACCACACCGGGCGGCAUACGACGCACGGCCUCAUGAGGCCAGGCGGGCCGGGAGCGAUUCAACCAGUGACUCGGAGGCGCACACCUCACCAGAUUCAUGGAGUUCUGGCAGCAGUAGAGAAGGAAGUCUCCCUCAGGCAGACCCUGCUACCUGGGCGAAGAAAGAUCUUGACGACGAGGCAAGCACCAGGAGCCCUGAUGCCAGCGAGGAUGUUUCCUCCUCUCUUGUGGAGGAGCCAAGGACCUUUGUGGUCACAGGGAACGAGAGCACCAACAACACUACCCAUCUACAUGUACCAUUAACUGACCCAAAGAGGCCAAGCACUACUGCUGUAAAUAACCCUAAAGGAAAGGUCCGGGCCGCCUUCUCAGAGAGUCAGAUGAAUGCUCUUAUCCAGCGCUUCAGUGUGCAGAGGUACCUCACCCCAGCUGAAAUGAAGAACCUGGCAGAACUGACGGGGCUGACCUACAAACAGGUUAAGACUUGGUUUCAGAACCGAAGGAUGAAACUAAGGAGGCACCAGAAAGACACCAGCUGGGUGUCUGAGCGCUACACCACCAGCAAAGACAACGCAAUUCGUGGAACAGUCUUCAACAUUCCCUCACAUAUUCCACCUUAUCAGGGAGAGGCCCGGCCCCAGCUCAAGGAGCAUUACAACCAGCACAUGAUGGAGGCAGCCUUCAAGAAGACUACUCCACAGAACCUGGCCUUCUAUCUGGCUGCUAUGGGCUCUGCUGCUGGAUCUGCUGGCUACCCUUCCUGGUCCUCUGGCUCACCCCAGACUGCAGUGCCCACCAGGCCCCAGGCAACUGGCUGGUCCAUGCCCCCAGGAGCCAGCCAUUAUGAAUACAACCCCAAUGCAUUCAACUCAACCAGUGUUACCUCUGUAAAUAACACUGGGCACGACACGAGCUUUGAAAGCAAAGAUGGGGAGCCUGUCCACAGCCGCAGCUCCUUAAACACAGCCAUAGCACAUAAUGCCAGCCAGUAGUUGAUGAUUGAGCUGAUAAGCAUAGACGCUUUUCUGUAAAUGUGACCCAACAGCCAUGUUAAUAUUCUUCUAUUCAAAUUUCCUGACUGUAGUUUGUAAUUAAGGUGUUUUUUGUUUUGUUUUUUUUUUUGGUCAGGCUGGGUGUACAUAUGCCUUGUUCAUACUCCUGUUCAAAAGUAUUUUACUUUUUAUCUUGAAGUUUUAUUUUUAUAUGCAACUAUUUAAUGUAUGUUGGUGUGUUCUUUGCGCUUGGUGAUACUAGAUGUGUCCAAGUUGGAUGCGUUCUUUGGAUUACAUUGUUUUUUUGGAACUGUUAAGGCAAAGUACUGAUAUAGAUCUGAUGUGCACACAUUUCAAUGCAUUUUUUCCCCAUAUAAAUACAGGUUCACUGGCAACUUGAAA